AUGAACCAUCAUUACCAUGUGUGGUGUUUGGCCGUGUUGGCCAUGGCAUUGUAUUUGGCGCCGGCUCCAGCAGAAUCGACCAUAGUCCUUACACACACCAAUAUGGAGAAUUCCACCAUGUUCGCCGGGACUAGGGUCAAGAAACGAACAGGAGGUGAAUCGAAUGACCAAGCAACAGCCGAGUCAUAUUGGACUCCGGGACACGUUCAAGCUGCACAGGAAGAUGAAUCUGCCUACGCUCAGCCAGAAGACUAUUUCCCGUCCGCUCACGGGCUUGUACAAACUCACCCAGCCACCUUCUCUGGAUUUGGAAGUAUUUCUGAAUCGUCGCACGGUAAUUUACCGCCUUUGGGAUAUUCAUCACUAGACUUCGACAAGAGAGGUCUCGACGAAUUGCGUAAGAACUCUGAACUUUCGUCACCUGAAGAGUGCGCAAGAGCUUGUCGCGAAGGAGAGCCACCCAGAAUAUGUUAUUAUCAUUUCACCGCAGAAUUAUACAACGUACUGGGAGCAGCUUGUCAAGUGUGCACACCGAACGCCACCAAUUCUUUGUGGAGCCAUUGUCAGUGCAUAUUGGCCGAUGGUGUCGAAAGAGGAAUGUUGGCUGUGAAUCGUAUGUUGCCCGGUCCAAGUAUACAGGUCUGCGAAGGAGACAAGGUCGUCGUCGACGUCUUGAACCACAUGCAUGGUAUGGAAUUAGUGAUCCAUUGGCACGGACUUCACCAAAAGGGAACUCAAUACUACGACGGUGUCCCGUACGUCACCCAAUGUCCCAUUCACGAAGGAAACACGUUCAGAUACCAAUUCGACACCAACAGCGGCACGCAUUUCUGGCACGCUCAUUCCGGACUUCAAAAAAUUGAUGGUAUCUACGGUAGUAUUGUUGUACGACAACCACCAUCGCAAGAUCCCAACAGCCACUUGUACGAUUACGAUUUGACCACACACGUGGUACUGUUGUCCGAUUGGCUCCACGAAAACGGAAUGGAACGAUUCCCAGGUAGAUUAGCUGCAAACACCGGUCAGGAUCCCGAGUCUCUGUUGAUCAAUGGAAAAGGGCAGUUCACGGACCCCAACACUGGAUUCAGUACUAACACGCCUUUGGAAACUUUUACCAUUACACCGGGUAGGAGAUACAGGUUUAGAAUGAUCAACGCCUUAGCAUCUGUCUGUCCAGCCCAAAUUACCAUCCAAGGACAUCCGCUCGUGCUAAUUGCUACAGACGGAGAACCUAUUCAGCCGGUGGUCGUCAACACAAUCAUUUCAUUCUCGGGAGAGAGAUACGACUUCGUUAUUAACGCGGAACAGCCCGUCGGUGCGUAUUGGAUUCAAGUCAGAGGUCUUGGUGAAUGUGGUAACAAACGCGUGCAACAAUUGGCCAUACUCAGGUAUGCAAGAGGACCAUACCAACCGAAAUCAAAGGCCCCAACUUAUGAUGUUGGCUUACCCCAGGGUGUUGUAAUGAACCCGUUGGAUGCUGUCUGUGAUCGCCCCAGGACUGACGCCAUUUGUGUAAACCAACUGAAAAACGCCAAAGUUGUAGACAAAGGUCUUUUACAAGAAAGACCCGAUGUAAAAAUAUUUUUGCCAUUCAAAUUCUUAUUCUACAGGCCCGACGAACUUUUCCAACCUCAUCAAUAUAACAAAUACUUGGUGGCACCCGGCGGUGGAGACCAUGUAAUCAGUUUAGUGGAUGAAAUAUCUUAUACCUCUCCAGCAUCUCCGAUGAUUUCCCAGAUAGACGAUAUACCUCCAGAGUUAUUUUGUAACGGAGACAACAAGCCAGCAAAUUGUGGCAGAAAUUGCAUGUGUUCGCACAAAGUCGAUAUUCCAAGGCACGCUGUUGUGGAAGUCGUGUUGGUCGAUGAAGUCCAACAACCAAAUUUGAGUCAUCCGUUCCAUUUGCACGGUUACUCGUUCAACGUUAUCGGUAUGGGACGAUCACCCGACAAGAACGUCAAGAAAAUCAACUUGAAACACGCUCUCGAUUUGGACCGAAGAGGACUUUUAGACAGGCAUUUCAAUUUGCCACCGCUCAAAGACACGAUAGCCGUGCCCAACAACGGUUACGUCGUAUUCCGAUUCAGAGCCGACAACCCAGGCUACUGGCUGUUCCAUUGUCACUUCUUGUUCCAUAUCGUAAUCGGUAUGAAUUUGGUGCUCCACGUCGGGACACACGCCGAUCUGCCACCGGUUCCCGAAAACUUCCCGCGUUGUGGCGACUUUUUACCUCCGGUCAGUGUACACUGA